UGUGAGUCAAAAUGAUACAUUGAUGUGGCCACGAAAAAGUAGUUUGAAAGAGAUAAAGCCAACUACAGUCAAUAAGCACUCAAAAGCUUCCAUCUACACCUAAGAGUUCAGACAUUCCUUACAAAGAUUAUGAAAAAGAAACCCCAAAAAGAUAGCUCAGAUCAGAAAGCUUUCCAUGUUCAUCCUUCAGAUACCAAGAAUUCUACAACAGAUCAUCACAACAUUACUUCUGUCAGGUUAGGCAUCGAAAUCUCGAAUCCCAACAAGGGUAUGAGCAUAUACUACAGCGACAUCUACUUCACUAUGAACCACAAUGGAAUUGUUGUCGCAAAGAAUUCCACCCCGGGCUUCUAUCAGCCGUGCAAGAAUGAUACUACGAGGGCAGUGGAAAUGAAAUUAGCUGACCUGCAGUUUUUGCAGCAGAUUAUAGGUGGAAAUGUAAGUUUCAAGAUUGGCUUGGAGACGACGGUUCAGUAUAGGAUAUUCAAGUGGAAAACAAAGCAUCAUAAGAUGGAUUAUGAAGCUUAUGUAUACAAUGUGACAGUUAAUGGAACUGAUUUAGGACAGAACGGCACUGUCUUGAAGAAAACCGUAUUCUAAAGAUUUGUCUAAAGAUUAAAGCCAAAAGCAUGCAUGCAUGUUAGUUUAUCCUGUUUCUUUAUGAAUCAGACCUCAAAAAAGUUCAGAAAAGAGAUUUUGUUGUGUAUAUCUCAUAUGUACUGCAGGAUGAUAAUUAAAAAACAACUUCAUGUAAAUCUUUACUUUCUGGCAUUAUUUUCGAUUCUUGUUUGGUUUAUCUCAACAGAUUUAUUAUUGUUUUGA